GCGAGAGAGGGCGUAAUGAGGGCGGUGUGGGCGGGAGACGCCCCUCAGCAUGCCCGCCCCACAGGUCUUCAACUGUCACACAAGGACUCCACCAAAACAAUGUCAGUGCCAGCCCUCUUGCUGGCUUGUGGCUCCCUCUCCUGCUCCAGGAGGAUUACAAUGUCUGCGGGUCCGUACAAUUAUUCAUAUAUCUUCAAAUACAUCAUCAUUGGGGAUAUGGGAGUGGGCAAGUCAUGCCUUCUCCACCAAUUCACAGAAAAGAAAUUUAUGGCAGACUGCCCACACACAAUAGGUGUAGAAUUUGGUACUCGAAUCAUUGAAGUAGCAGGUCAGAAAAUUAAGUUACAGAUAUGGGACACAGCAGGCCAGGAACGUUUCAGAGCUGUCACAAGAUCAUAUUAUCGGGGCGCUGCCGGAGCAUUAAUGGUGUACGACAUCACUAGGCGGUCUACCUACAAUCAUCUUAGUUCUUGGUUGACAGAUGCACGCAAUCUUACAAAUCCUAAUACUGUAAUUUUCCUUAUUGGCAACAAAGCUGAUUUAGAUGCACAGGUGAGCUUUAAAAGAUAGUGAAAAUUAUCUUUA